GUCAGUCAGUCAGAGUCAGUACCAUCACACACAAGUAGUUCAAGUAGUCAAGUAGUAUUUUAUCUCUAAACUAAAUUAACACAAGAUUAUUUAUCAUUGUUGGGUUCGGAAAAAUAAUAAGCGAAUAAGGUCAACUCAUUGUGUUACAGCCAUGCCAUACAUCAGUUCAGAUGGCCAGGUUGGCAAGAGGCCCUUCAGCCUCUAUGCCAUGUUUUGGGCAAUCAUCAACUUCUUUUAUCUGUUUUACAUGACGCUGAUCAACGCGGACUACAACAAGCAUGGGGAGAAGUACACUCGCGAGUACAGGAGUCCGGGCAGUGGGCCUCCACGCCCGCCGUCCCGUCGUUUCGGGGGCUUCAACUCCGGCUCGGGGCCCGCGCCACCACCAGCUGGGGGCUGCGGCUGCGGCUAGCGGAGCUCUAUCACCAAAGUCCGAUACACGCUUAAUGACUUGACGCCUACUUGUAACUGUAACCUUAGUGAUAUGGACUGUACAUCCGAUGUCAAUGUACCAUGUUUUAGAAAUGAAGAAACACAUAUUGAGUUUAUACCUAGACCUAAUAUUCCUAGCUAUCAAUACAUAAUUGAUCAACCUACAACCAAAAUACAAGAACUGAUUUUUGACGAUAUGUCUAAUAGUUUACUUUUGGAGUUGAGAAAGACAAUAACCGGUAUUAUUAUGAGUGAUGGGACGCUUCAAUGCUAUUAUUAUCGUGCGCGUUCGUUACGAUGUAAACAAAGUCGUUUUGAUUCUCGACAUUUGUAAUUAUUGAUUACUGAUCUAAAUAAUAUCGCAGUUUUCAUCGACUUCAUAAAUGCCAUUAUCAUUGUAACUUUUUGUUACACGUACAACUCUUAGGUUUGUGACGUCUUGUUAUAUGAUUCGUGUUUUCUUUAGAGAAAGGGUAGAGAUGGUAAGAAUUCGAGUGUUUUAUGGCUCAGUUUCAUUGGUCGAUGCGGGGUGAGGAAGAUUUCCAAAACGCAUGCCAUUUUGAGUUUCACUAGUCGUUAUAUCACUCUACCGCCUGCGGAGAGUCACCCGCAUGCUGUAUAUCGACCGAACUGUCGACUUAUGAGUUUCACUAGACGUUAUACCGCCUGUGGGGAGUCCCCGCUUUAUAUCGACCGAGUUAUCGACCAAUGAAACUGACAUCAAGUCUAUAUUUGAAGAACUCGUUAUUACGCGACUCUUGUGUUUAAAAAACUUCCGAUACUUUAUGUCCCGAGUCGCGAGUCCUUUAAUGAUUUUUUUUAAGUGCAACUAUAGGACUCGAGUAUUCGAAUUAAGACUUCGUCAAAAAAAAAAUAGGUUUUAUCUACGAGUAACACAAAGGAAAAAUUUAUUUUUUUAAUGAUUUGUGCAUAACCCAUAAAUUUCAUGUGGUGACAAUGUCUUUUAGAAAACUUUGGUACAUAAUUUGAGAGUUUUGGUAGUAGAAAAUGCUAUAUGGGGGUUUUAGGGGGCGAAAAAUCGAUCUAGCUUGGCCUUAUCUCUGGGAAAACGCGCAUUUUUUUAGUUUUUAUGUGUUUUGAGCAAAGCUUGGUCUCUCAGAUAUUGUAUACUUAUUCAAUGUAAAUAUGACGCGCCCAACGGUAUUUACGUAGGCAUCAAGUUUAGGUCUCUUUUCGCUGGGAACGACAUAUUUAGCCAUAGUGUACCAAAUCAUUUUUACAAGCUUUUAUUUAGCUUCGCCUGUCCCGUUGUCUGUCGGUCUGUAAUCAAAUCUUGCAAGUUAAAUUUGACCCACUUCCCGGUUUCCGAUUGAGCGGAAAUUUUGCAUGCAUAUGUAAGUCGGGUGACAAUGCAAUAUUAUGGUACCAUCGAGCUGAUCUGAUGAUGGAGACAGGAGGUGGCCAUAGGAACCCUGUGAUAGAACAACGCAAUCUAAUUGUGUUUGGGGUUUUUAGAAUUAGCUCUAUGAGUAUUAGUCGCCUGUCUAAAAAAAGUACAGUCAGCGAUAAAAGCUUGUAACAAAAAUGAUUUUUUUGCCAAAAAACUUUUAAAAGUGGUGUUCGUUAUUCGAGAACAAUAAAUAGAAUCUUACUUCAAAAUAAUGAAAACCGGUACGUUUCGAACAUAAUGGAGUACAACUUCGUUAUUUUGAACUUAAUUAUAAAAUUUUAGAUUUAUUUAACUGUAUAUAUCAUGUAGAUGUUUUUAAGUGUUUUGAUCGUUAACACAUUCACAGCUGAGCUACAGUCGUAGCGCUACGUCGUAGCGGAUAACAUAGGUUUCCCGAUAUGUACCGAAAAUGCGUCGUAGAGGCAAAACGACAACAUGUUGUGAUUAGCGCUGAAUGGGUUAGAGCUAUAUCUGAUUGUACAAGUAAUUGUAAUUAAUAUCACACUUGUGAAGUACAAGGAAUAUAACGAUAUCUUGCGAUUUACCUAUUUUUCUAGAAAUCAAAACAGUCGUAUACUACAAUUAUUUGAAAUUCUUAUUUAAAAGAAACUACUAUUCGUACUUACUUUCCGAACCAAGGGUGCUGUCACUAUAUUCAGUUUCAACAAUCCUCGUUUAAAUACUAUAGUCUGUCAAGCCAUUUCCGUCAGUAGAAAAGCGGGAAAUUUAAAAAAUGUAAGCGGUGGGUUAUCGUUCCAUAGAAAAUUUGAAUUCCCGCCUUAUUCUACUGACAAGUUGUUUUACCGGAUAUAUUAUAGAUCUUAUAUUUAAAUUUUAAUUGUAAGUAUAUUAAUAAAAUAAUAGUCCAUAA